UUGGAGGUUUGUUGCGGCCGCCUUUAACAACUUUUUUUCGGCGCCCGCCGCCCGGCAUGGCGGCAGUCACGUCAUGGCUGGAGACUGCUCUGCGCGCGGAGCGGGAGGAGCUCGCAGUGCGGCACCAGGAGUUGCUCUCGGAACUCCAGAGGCUCUUGAAGCAGGCGGAGCUGCGGAUGGACGAGAGCGGCAAAAACGGCGAGGCAGAGUAUGGUGGCCAGGGCGGUGUGCAGGGCGAGGAAGAGGCGAACGGCCAGGAGGAGACUGAGAACAUUGGGGCGCGAGAGAAGGACGCGGAGCUGCACGCGGCCAUGCUGCCGGACCCGGAGGAGUGUUCGAGGAAGCGGGCGACCAGCGGCGCCGAAUUUCAUGUGGUCCGCGUGCAGGGCCAGACCAAGGUGACACGCGAGGGCGACGAGGCCACGGCAAGGGCUGCGCGGGCCUAUGGCAGCCACUUUGAGAAGAUGGGCUCGCGCUCCGGGUCCGGCAACCUCCGGGUGGUCAAGGAGUCGAGGCUCUACAAGUUUGUGACCGACCCCUUCUUCGAGAGUAUGAUCUGCGCCAUCAUCGUGGUCAACACCAUCAUCAUGUCCUUCGAGGCGCAAUAUGCGGGCCUGCAGCUGGGCUACGCCCUAGGAAUGCGGACCUACACGAUGCCAGCAGACGAUGUUUGGCCUGGCGCCUCGACCAUGCUGGAGGGCUCCGAGUGGGUUUUCGGGUCCAUCUUCCUGAUCGAGCUGAUCUUGAGAGUGGCGGGCAUGGGCUACAUCUUCUUCUGCGAUCUUUGGAACUGGUUCGACUCCAUCACCGUGUUGGGCUGGCUGGUGGACACCGUGAUCCGAGGGAUUCUGCCCAUCGACCCCAUGCUGCUGCGCCUGGCGCGCCUGGCCCGGCUGCUGCGCUUGAUGCGCCUGGUGCGGAAGCUUAAGGGCUUCGACGCGCUCUACAUCCUGACCACCGCUCUCCGGGGCAGCGUCACGGUUCUGCUUUGGUCCUUCCUGAUGCUCUUUCUGCUGCAGCUGAUCUUCGCGCUCUUCCUGCAGAAGGUCGCGCAGGACACCAUCGUCUUCCAGACAGACGUCUCCUUCAAGGACGCCAACGAGGAGCUCUUCCUCUACUUCGGCACCUGCUCCAGAGCUGUCUUAACCAUGUUCGAGAUCACUCUGGGCAACUGGCCCCCAGUGGCGCGGCUGUUGCAGGACCACGUCCACGAAGCCUUUUGCGUCUUCUCCAUCCUGCACAAGAUCACGGUGGGCUAUGCCUUGCUGGCGGUGAUCAACGGCGUUUUCCUCAAGGAGACGUUUUCAGCGGCCGAGAAUGACGACAAGAUCAUGAUGCGCAACACUGAGAAGAAGCGGAACCAGCACAUCAAGAAGAUGCAGUCCCUCUUUGAGGCGGCAGAUGAGACGGGGGACGGGCUCCUGGACAAAGAGGAGUUUAUUCAAGUGAUGAGCGACCCGGAGAUCGUGAAUUGGCUGGCGGCGAUGGAUUUGCAGAUCUCGGACCCGAACCAACUGUUUGAAAUGGUGCAGCACGACGGCACCAUCAGCGCCCCGCAGCUGGUGGGAGGUGUGAGCCGCCUGAAGGGCGCCGCCAGGAGCACCGACAUGCACUGUGUCUCAGCAGAAGUGAAACAGAUCCAUGACGACCUCAAGUCCGUGCAUGCGCACCUUCGAGCUGCGCUCUUCAACGGCGCAGCGCCGAACGCCGCUCCUCAUCAAUCCGACCUGCUGCCCGUCCAGCCGGUGACAAGGAAGGAGUCACAGAGGGUGCCGCCGUUGAUGACAGAAAUAUGAGGCCCAAGGUCAGAGAGAUGAGGCUGAGGAUAGGGCCGUCGCUGUAACGCUACAGGGUUGCUCUUGUCCCACUGCCACUUCCGACAUGGGGAAGGGG